GACUUGCUAUUGUGAAUACUGUAUUGUGAUUUCGAUAAUACCGAAUUCGGUCUUCACGAUUUUUAUUGUUGAUCACAACACGUUUUUCGUACAUAACCUCGAGACCUGAUACAUUUCUCGUAGUUUGUUAAUUUUUUUUUUAACCCAACAAAUUCAAGAAACAUGCCGGAAUUAACGGAAAUCGAUGCUACAAAAAAAGUAAGCUUCGAGGAGCCCAAGAAAGACGCUGCAGACAGUGACAGCGAUUCAAGUGGCGUAGAUGUUGCCGCUGGCAAAGGUGGUGAAGGAGCUAGUGGUGUCACCGCGGAAGACUUGUCCAACAAGGCCAGGCAGUCAAGAGGCGAGAAAAAAGCUAGGAAAAUCAUAUCCAAACUUGGUCUCAAGCAGAUACAUGGGGUCAAUCGAGUGACCAUUCGCAAAUCCAAGAACAUUCUGUUUGUCAUUAACAACCCUGAUGUCUUCAAGAACCCAGCAUCUGACACUUACAUUGUGUUUGGUGAAGCAAAGAUUGAAGAUUUAAGCCAGCAAGCACAAGUUGCAGCUGCUGAGAAAUUCAAGUCUGCUGAUAUGAUGCCGAGUGUAUUGGACAAAGAUGGUGCGUCCAGGCCAAUGGUCAGUCAGCCUAUCCAAGAAGAAGAGGAAGAAGAAGGCGAGAUUGAUUAUAAGGGAGUAGAAGAAAAGGAUGUGGACCUAGUUUGUGCGCAAGCACAAGUGACCAAGCGCAAGGCUAUUGAAGCACUACUUAAAAACAACAACGAUAUUGUCAAUGCUAUUAUGGACUUGACAAUGUAAAACUAGGAUAUAACGUAUAUAACGUUUUAAGGGAGAGAAUUAUCAUUGUUUAUACCUUAGACUGAUGAUAACAUCCAAUAAUAAAUAAGCACAUUUACUAUAUGAUCUUCUGUAAAAUUGAUUUUUUCCUUCACGUUAUUUGUAUAUACUGUUUUUCGGUUCAAUACAAAACUUUCUCUGGCUA